AGUCGUUGGGCGUUGUCGCGAUAGGUUUUCCACUUGCAGGCCGAAACGUUGGCGAAAACUUGGCUAAAUGUUCGCACACGGAUAUUCCACGCGAAUUAGCUGCGGAAAAUUGCGAUUUAGCCCUGUUUUCGCCUGUUUCGUACACCACAAAGAGAACAUGCGUCGCUAUGACGUUUGUAUCCGCACACGUAACGAUUUCGUAAACAAUUCGGAAAGCAAUCGUCCCGCGGAUGAAACUCUUCCUGCCAAAACGGAGGAGGAGGAUCUGGAAGAUGGCGAAAUUGAGGACGACGAUGAAGAAAUUCCCGGGGCGGUCGCGCCCGAUCAAGCCGAUCAGGUGACUCCCGCGGUACCGCCCACAACUGCUUCGAAUCCCGAAUUAUCCCCGAGAAAAGCGGAACAGGCAACGGACGUAGUGCCCCAGGGCACGCCCGCCGAUAAACACGCCAAGGAGGCCAGAAGGGCGGCCAGACGGGAGGAGAAGGAGAGAUUGAGGGAGGAGAAGCAGGGAGGCCACCACAGACACAUGACGGAGGCGGAGAAGAGCAUCUUGCACCUGCGCAAAAGGGAGAAGAUGAUGCGCGAACGCGAAAAGUGGGAGAAGACGCACAGGAAGGACGAUAUCUUGGCUGACGACGAUUUCGCAAAACACAUUGAAAAAACGUUGGCGACAAUUUUGAAUAAAAAGGAAAAGGAAGCCGCUGCCACACCGAGUGGCGAAGAAGACAAAGUGGAGAAGAGGGGGAAGAAAAGGAAAAAAAAUCACGACCGAGACAAACACAAGAAACAAAGGCGUACCAUGAACAAUGACUCUCCUCGGUCCGAGAUCGACGAAAACGAAGUGCUGAACAUGCGGGGCGGAUCUCCCGGGUCCGAAAUGAGGUUACCCCCCAUCGGUAAUCCCCAAGACAAACCUUCCAGGUCCCCCUCUAAGUCCGAGGAGAGUUACGAUUCUGAAUACUCGACUGACGAUCACGUACGACCAGAGGACAGCGGCAGCCUGAAGGCGAAAAAGAAGAGCUCGCGGAACAAGAGGAAACGCGAGCACAAAGAGAGGAAUAAACGCGACAGGAGGCAGCAGCAACAGCUGCAGCAACAAGACCUCGGUCAGCCGCAACAGCAGGGCCAGAAGGUGCAAUUGCAGGACUCGCAGGGAGUAUGCGUGUUUUACAUGCAAGGCAAGUGUCAAAAGAGCGAUUGCCCGUAUUCCCACGAAGCGAGUCCGCCGAUGAAAUUGGAACUGUGCAAGUUUUACCUGAUGGAUUGCUGCGCCAAGGGCGAGAACUGCUCGUACAUGCACAGCGAGUUCCCCUGCAAGUUCUAUCACACGGGGUUGCAGUGCGCUCAGGGCGAUGACUGCAAGUUCGCCCACGGAGUCGCCUUAUCCGAUGGCCUCAAACAGAUUUUGUUCAAGCAUAUAGAGACCGCGCCUCGUGAUAUACUGGGCGGUUUCCCGCGAAUGUCUCGCGAGGAGGCGCUGAACCUGAUUAAUCUGACUCAGAAGAAGCUGCAGGAUCAGUACGGAGCCGCGACCCCUAGCGACGAUCAAACUGUGCCCAAGGAAGAACCUAAAGGUGGGAUACCCUCCUUGUUUGAUAUUAAUGUACCCGUGCCGCCAGAGUUAGCGCAGGGAUUCGAUUUCGAAAUAAAACCGCCAAAGAGUGAAAAAGGGCGUAGCAGACCUUCGAGAUGGCAUCAGGACAACGACUCGGGUCCAAGUUUCCCCCUGAAGGCUUUCAGCUACGGCAGCGAUCAAGACAUGAGGAUCAACAGUAACGGCGACAUCGAUAUGAGAACUUUGCCGACCAUACCGUCCUCCAGCCAGGGGACCAUGUUGGGAAGUUCCCAGUCCGUGUCCGCCACCUCUUCGCUCGAGUCGAACAGUUCUCUGAGCAUGGAGAGGUCCGUGAGCCCUUCAAGGCAAGACGUGGACAUAAGGACCAGUACGAUUUUUUCCAUGGACGUGGAUAUUAGGCACCCGUCCGUUUCUAGAUUUUCUCAAAUGGGCGACGUCGACAUCCGUCAAAUAAUCCCGAAGCCUUUCGACGACUCGUCGACCAAAGAUGGAGCCACCAAAGGCGAACCAAUAUUACCGAAUCUCGAUUUGCCACGGAGUACACUCGACCUGAUAGCGCGUAUAACGGCCAACCAGAAAGACCAUACUACGGCCGGUGCUCCGACUCAGUCUCAGUCAGUGUCCGCGACCGAUCAAGGUGAAGAAAGGUUCGAUUUGGACGACACCAACAUCAACUGGUAUUCCGACGACGACGACGAGGACGAAAACAGGUUGACCAUAAAAGUCGACGAAGAAGACAAGGUGAAAGAGCGAGAGGACGAAGGCAAAGAGGAGGAGAGCGAAAAGACCGAGGGUUAUCCGUCACCGGGUCCGAUCGAGCCGAACGACAUAGUCGGCAGGCUGGGAGACCUGUCCAAAAUCGACAUUUCCGCCGAAGUGACGAAACUUUUGAACUCGAUGAACCAGAGUCGCAAACCGGACGAUAUUUCCACCGGCGAGAGCGAAACGGCCUCCAAACCGCAGGAUCCGCGGAUCGCGAAGCAGGAGCAGGAGUCUUCGUUGCCGAGAGUGGACCCCAGGCUAACGACGGUCUCGGAUCCCAGGAAGGGAGCCAGGCGGGGUUCCUCCGAUAGUCAGGAGAGGGCGAAAAAAUCGGAAAAGGUCAGCAUCUACGAACAAGGCGGGCUCGACAUGCAGGCGGCACUAGAAAUCGAAAACGAAGACUUUAAAAGCGCGUUGCGGCCCGACAUCGACCUACGCAACCUCGCGCUACCCUUCAAGGGCAUGGAGAAUUACACGCCAGCUACCGAAAUCGACGCGAGUAUCAAUUCCCACCUGCCGAUCCAGUGGAAGUUGGCGAUCGUCGAGAUACCGCGACCGGACUACACCGGCCUAAAGCUCAGUAUAAACGACGCUGAAAAAACGGGAGAUCCGCGUCUCAGGAAACUGUUCCGGUUGAGCACGGAAGAAAAGGACAGCCCGAUGUCGCCCAAGGCGAGUCCCAAGGCCUCCGCCGGUGUUCGAGUGGAUCCCAGGUUACGGAAAACCGAAGAAAAGACGGCCGAUUCUCAGCAGCUGAACUACAGUCAGCAGCUGAGCAUGCUACAGUCUUCCCAGUUCUACCAAAGCCUGACCAGCAACCAGAAACUGAUGCUCAAUCAGGAACUGGCGUCGCGCUACGAUCAAACGGGCGGGGGCGGGUCCCACGACCCGUUGCUCAACUCGCUGCUCUCUAGCCUCAACAUAGUGUCGUCGGCAAACGCCCCCAUGAGCGUCGGUCCCGCGUUGUCCAUCCUGGCCACUCUGAACAAGAUGCCGGGUCCGAUGAUGGGUCAGCCGGGUCUUCUGGGCGCCGCCCCCGGCAUCCCCAACUUGCCGCCCGAUUUCCCCAUCAAUUUCGACCCGAGAAACGGUGGUCUGUUGGGCAACGCGCCCCCCCCAGUGUUCGGGGGCGGUUUCCCGCCCAUAGACCCCGGAGGCGGCGGCGGUUUCAACAGUUUCGGCGGUGACGACUUUUAUCCGUCGCCGAACGAGCCGCACCCGGGCGGUGGUGGUUUCAGGGGGCGAGGCAGGGGCGGUUUUCGGGACGGCCGCCGUCGCGGCAGGAAUUUCAACAACAACCGCAACCAAAGGAACUUUAAGAGUGGCGGGGGGCGGAACACCAGACCCAACAGGCAUCAUUCGCCCCCCUAAGGGGGGAAGUAAGUGGUUGGAGCGAAAUUGUGGUAGGUAGUGGGGAUGGGAGGGGCGUAGGAUCAGAGACGCGAUUUUUGGCGUGUUUGGCCGGAUCGAGAUCGGGCACACAACGAACAUGGAAUUGUAUAUUUUUGUAAUUUUCGAAGAUGACGAUUUCGGUUAGUUCUUCAACUUUUUUUUUUGGUCUUCUUUUUGGAAGGGAAACAUCUGCAAAGGUUUGAAAUAAGGGUCGUGGAUCUUUUUCUUCUAUCAGCGUCUAAUACCCUACGUAGCAGCGGCUAUUUCGAUUGGUAACUGUCAAACGAACUGAUUUGUCGGGCCAGCGUUUUAGUACUUUUAUACUUUCACUCGCAUAUACUUUCGAUAAGUAUUAAAAUUGAAGAUGAAACAACGAGUUAAGAGUCUUUUAUUAAAAACAUAAUCUUUUUUUUUUCAAAUUAUUUAACAGCCUUCGUGGUCGUUCUUCGAUAGUGUACUACUCCUAUAACCUAUAAAUUUUUAAAUAUUUUAUAUUUAACUAUUGACUAUUAAUAUUUGUAGAUUAUAUUUUGAUUUACUCUUUACUCGUUGUAUGAUUUCAAAUUCUAAUAAUUACAAUUGAAUAGUACGUAGUUUGAAGAGUGAAGCAUAAAAUAUGGCCAUUUCAAUAGUUCUAAACCCCCUAUAUAGUGAUGACAAUAUAGUUCUUUUUGCGUGGCGUAUUCAGGCGUUUUGUAAAUGGUAUAAUUUUUAAUAUACGAACUGAUGUUAUAUUUUCUAACAUCCUGUAUAUUUUUUAAGAAUUUGUAUGCGCUUAUCAUACGGUUAUUAUUAUUUAAUUCCCGUCCACCAGCGCCAAGUCAUUUUUUGCAAAAUUUUGGAAUUUUUCUUUGGACAUUCUUGCGGAUAAUCGUCUGGAACGUAGAUCCAUAAUUCAGUGGCGUACUCAGAUUUUUUAACUAAAGUGUAGGGAAUAUUUUCAAAAAUACAUUAUACUUUUGUAACCAUGGAAAAAUCUUUUUUUUUUUCAUAAUAAUAAAAGUUUAUUUUCUAAAAUGUCAAUGUGAAUGUGAAUUAAAAUUUUUGAAAUCCUCGCUUCAGCCAGGAUUUCAAAAAUUUCCUAUAACAUAUACAUUUGUUUGUUUGUUUGAAUAUCCUCGAUUCGGGUUUCAUUGCCUGUAAGGUCCUACAACUAGUAAAGACAUCUUUCGAUUUCGUUCGUAUCUUAACAAUUAUGCCUUUUUGUAAAAAAUGUGAGUAAGUUUCCGUUUUGAUCGUUUUGAAAUGAAAAGUGAGCACAGUAUUUAUAUAACACUUUUAAAUAGACGCGAAUAAUUAAAAAAUUACAGAAAAGUUGAACAGAAAAUCGGUUUGUUUGAAUCCCAAAGGUUGACAGCUCUCAAAAAAAGGCCGACCAACUUCACCUAAUAUAGCUGUUUUUUUUUUCUACCCUACCCGAUUUCGAUGUUUACCUUCCGAAUCGUAACGAAUAAACAUAAAUCACCAGCAAUAAUCGUCAGCGAUGUAAUUUAUUUAAUUUUUUUCGUCAAUUUUUAAGACAAAAUAUUCUAGUGCCAAUAUUAGUGUAAAUCGUUAAAAUGUGCAGGGUUUCCGCAUACACCAGAUAGAAUCGUAAAUGUAUAUAAGUUUAUCCGGAAGACUGAUAGUAAUCGCGAAAGUAUAUAUAUAUAUUUUUUUAAUUUGCGGCUAAGAAAAAUCAGGAUCGCUUCCAUUUAUAGUAAAUAUUUUUGCGGCGACACCCUGUACAUGGCGGAUUUUUUCGUUCCCCGAACCCAAGACAGAUGGCGCCGAGUGUAAAUAACGAAUGUUUUUUUUUUCUUCCAAGAGUUGUAAUCCGUAAUAUUUAUUUUUGUUAUCGAAAGGCGAAGCUGCAGUGUGUGUGUGAGCGUAAGCUAUUAAGCUAUUAAGAUAUUUUUCUACUCGGUGUGCAGUGAGUCUUGAACAAAACGAUUAGACGCGUUCGUAGAUUGCAGUAAAGGCAAAGUUGUAUAUAUUGUGUAUAAAAAAUAAACCUUUUUU